AUGGUGAUCACCGACAGAACCAUGCAAGUUCUAAAGGACUUGUAUGAAGACUAUACAAAGCCCCACAGCUUAGGUGGAAUACAAGCGCUGUUAGACGCCGCUCGCACGCAAUUAGGAAAGGAUAAUAUUACACAAUCGGAUGUGAAAAAUGCUUUGUCAUCGCAGCGUGUGUAUACUCUUCACAGACAUACUCGCAAAAAAUUCCCGCGUCGCCAAACAAUGGCUAUAGGACCUCGCAAAAUCUUAACGUGUGAUCUGGCAGACAUGCGAAACUUAUCAAGACAAAACGAUAAAACCAACUAUUUGCUCGUGUGUGUAGAUGUGUUUAGUCGUUAUAUGCAAGUAAGACCCUUAAAGAGUAAAAACAAGACGGAGGUUGCGAGCGCACUAAAAUCGGUGUUAAAUACUGAGGAUGCUAAAGGUUUAACUCACCUCUUCACCGAUGCAGGGCGAGAGUUUGUAAAUAAUACAGUGAACGGCUUACUGCGCGAACAUAAGAUGCAGUGGUAUACCACGCAUUCGAAGGAAAUAAAGGCUAGCAUUGCAGAGAGACACAUCAGAACCCUCAAGGAACGCAUAUAUAAAUAUUUAACCUUAAAAGAUACGCUGAGGUAUAUCGACGUUCUCCCGGAUAUUGUUUUAGCCUAUAAUGAGCGCGCGCACGCGGGUUUGAAAGGCGCCGCGCCACUGGACGUGCACCGCCAUUACACGCGGGCGCAGUGUCAACGUCUCUUUCGACAAAUGUAUGCUCGUUCAUUGAAUGUGCAUAUAAAAAAGGACCGAUCGCAUGCUAGCAAUCAGAAUAUAAAGGUUGGGGACACUGUGCGCAUCGCAGCGCGCUCUCGUACCGACGCAUUUCGCAAGGGAUAUGAAAUACAAAAUACGGAGGAGAUAUUUAAAAUUCGACAGAUUGACAAUCGUCAGAACAUAGUCGGGUAUUAUCUGGAAGAUUUAAGCGGCGAAGAAGUCCAAGGUUUGUUUUAUCGAGAGGAGCUCGUCCCGACAUCACUGCCAAGUGUUUACCCGUACAAGAUCCUGUCAUCGAGGUGGAACAGAAAUAAAAAGCAGAGAGAAUAUCUUGUUCGCUGGAUUGGAUAUCCCGACAAAUUCAAUUCAUACAUUACGAUUGAUGACAUGCAGCCUGCACCAUGA